AUGACGGAUAUCAUGUCUUACCAGUACCCCCCGCCGCCGAACGGCGCUGACCUGGACAUGCCAUCAGCUGGCUACUUGCCCAACUACACGGUGGCAUCGCAUUCAUCCUCGGGGAUGGACCCUGAUGCCAGGGAUCGGGCGGAGCUGAGGCGGCCGAUAUCAACAUCAGUCGUCGGACCAUCACAGGUUCACCCACAACAGCAAUCCCCAUCGCAACAAUCGGGCCCUGCUGGGCAAGAUGCCUCCGCUGAAAGGCGGCGGAACAAGCUGGGCUAUCACCGGACUUCGGUCGCAUGCGGUCAUUGUCGUCGGCGGAAGAUUCGGUGCGUUCCGUCUCCGAACGAUGGUCAAGGACGUUGCAUAAACUGCAUUCGCUUGAAAAAAGAGUGCAGCUUCUAUCCCGUAGAUCAGCAGCCACCCGUGGACACGAGGCAGAAGUCGGGGUCACGAUCCUCCGCCAGCACGAAAGUCGCAUCCGCCUCCUCAUCACCUUCCAUGCAGCCGGGCAUCCCGUCCGAUAUCCAUGGGCAACAGCAACCCUACCCGCACUUGACGAUGCCGUCUGCCCAGAACAUGGCCCCGCCCAUGAAGCCCACUGGGAGCGAUGGCCAUUCGACUGACUCCAAAGUACCUUCGAGUGUACCCAGCACACGGGGAUACGAGUACGGACAUCAUGGAAUGUCCAACUGGAUGUCGGCGGACACCAGCCCUAGCUCCUCCAAGCCGGGCGACGUGAAUGGGGCUUGGCGGUCGUACCCGGGCGACUCGCCCAUCACACCUGCUUUCUCACCUUACACCCCUCAUGGCCCGUCUCACUCCGCCACUUGGUCGGCAUCUGUGGGCUCUGAGCCGUCAUCACGAGACGACAUCGCGUGGUCCUCGUACCCUGCACCUCCUAGGUCCAUGUCGUUUGGAGGCGAAAAUAUGAACGGCCACCAGCAGUAUCCUCCGAUCUCACAGCUUGGCCACAAUGCUGGCCGCGGUUACGAUCGCAAAGCCAGCUCCGUGUCUGCCGAUAUGUAUUCGCCUCCGAUUGCCACUACCAUCCCUGGAAUUGAGACGGUACCCGGCACGACACCGGACCAAAACGUUUCUCUAUCGGCGGGCGCCGUACCCCCGUCGAGUUAUGCGUCGUGGCAGCAAUCGUACUCGUAUUCAAAGCCGGGUGAAGCAUAUGGCGGGUGGUAUGGGGAGGCGGGUGAACAACACUCGUCGGGGCAUGGACAGCACCCCUCCAACGUUUAUUACGGGCGGUAA